CGGGGAAAGAGCGCGGCGAGGACGAGCGACGGCGACGGGGAGAACAGAAAGAGAAAGAGAGAGAGUUGGGGAGAAAAGGGGGGGAAAAAGAAGCUGCAGUCGGCUUUGCCAGCGGUCGUAUGCGCUCGUCCAACAUUGAUUCAGCUCCUCUAUCUCCCCCCCCCCCUCCUCCACCCCACCUCUAUCCUGUCCCGCCACCCCCCUGCCUGCCUCUCUGUGCAUGUGUGUGUGUGUGUGUGUGUGUGUUCGUGUGUGUGUGUGAGCCUUGCACCAGGCCCUGGGAUCAGAACCACCACCAAUUUACUCCUUGCCAAGGAUUUUGUAUUCAAGUUUUUUUUGUUUGUUUUUUUGCUCGGGAUGCACAACGGAUGAUUUGAUUUUUAAGUGAAUCAUCGCCGUUCUUUUUUUUAACCCCCACCCCCCACACCUCAAUUCUCUUGAAUAUUCUAUUUUUACCGGACAAUCCUUUUUUGCCAAUUUAUCGCGGUACAACCUGAAUUUUUUUCCAGAUUUUUCCUUUUCCAAAUUUUAAACGCUAAUUAUUUUUGACAUCCCCUCCAAUUCUCCACUCUUUGCCAAACCAGCACUUGCUUUACAUUUGGAGCGCGGAAGAAUUUUUUAAUUUUUUUUUUCUCUCUCUCACUUUUAACGCCGUGCCAAAUUUAUGAUGAGAGUGCAAAAUGGAUGAAUUUCAUCCCUUCAUCGAGGCCCUCCUCCCCCACGUCCGUGCCUUCUCCUACACCUGGUUCAACCUGCAGGCCCGCAAGCGCAAGUACUUCAAGAAGCACGAGAAGAGGAUGACCAAGGACGAGGAGCGCGCGGUGAAGGACGAGCUGCUGGGCGAGAAGCCCGAGAUCAAGCAGAAGUGGGCCUCGCGCCUCCUGGCCAAGCUCCGCAAGGACAUCCGGCCCGAGUUCCGCGAGGACUUUGUGCUCACCAUCACGGGGAAAAAGCCGCCGUGCUGCGUGCUGUCCAACCCCGACCAGAAAGGCAAGAUCCGCCGCAUCGACUGCCUCCGCCAGGCCGACAAGGUGUGGCGGCUGGACCUGGUGAUGGUCAUCCUCUUCAAGGGCAGCCCGUUGGAGAGCACGGACGGGGAGCGGCUGGUCAAGUCGCCCCAGUGCUCCAACCACGGCCUGUGCGUCCAGCCGCACCACAUCGGAGUGACGGUCAAGGAGCUGGACCUCUACCUGGCCUACUUUGUCCACACACCAGAACAAUCAGGACAAUCAGACAACUCUAACCAGCAAGGAGAGACAGACGUCAAGCCCCCGCCGAACGGCCACUUGAGUUUCCAGGACUGCUUCGUGACUUCAGGGGUGUGGAACGUAGCCGAGCUGGUCCGCGUGUCGCAGACCCCAGUCGCUACGGCAACUGGCCCAAACUUCUCCCUGGCUGACCUGGACAGUCCUGGGUACUACAACAUCAACCAGGUGACCCUGGGACGGCGCUCCAUCACCUCCACACCCUCCACCAGGACUGAAAUGGAGCUUUAUGCAAGUCUCCCACGGAGCUCCAACAAGCGCAAGUCCAUCGACGACAGCGAGAUGGAGAGUCCCGUGGACGAUGUCUUCUACUCGGGCCGCUCGCCAGCGGCCGGCAGCAGCUCACAGUCCAGUGGCUGGCCCAAUGAUGUGGACGCAGUGCAGCACCAUUUGGCCAGUGUGCAGGAGAGGAAGAUUAAGCAUGAGAGCGAUGGAGUGCAGUUUCCUUACCAUGGACUGUCAUCGCCUGGUUCUCUUAAGAAGCCGGGGAAAUUCGAUUUCAGCGCCCUGUCCUCCCAGACGAGGUCCCCCCGCAUGGCGUUCACCCACCACCCACUGCCAAUGCUGGCGGGAGUGAGACCAGGGAGUCCCCGUGCUUCCGCCUCGGCCCUGCACUUCCCGUCGCCCUCCAUCAUCCAGCAGUCAAGCCCUUACUUCACCCACCCGACCAUCCGCUACCACCACCACCCUGGACAGGACCCCCUGAAGGAGUUUGUGCAGUUUGUCUGUGCUGAUGGCCCGGGGCAGGCCGCCGGACAGCCAAACGGGAGCGGCCAGAGCAAAAUGCCAGGCUCCUUCUUGCUGCCUCCACCUCCCCCAGUGGCCCGCCCAGUGCCCCUCCCUAUGCCCGACUCUAAACCCAACAGCACGCCCCCUGACGGCGGACUCUCCUCGCCCGCAUCUCCGUCAUACUCCACGCCAGGCGCCACAGCUCCCAACAGGUUUGUCGGCAUCGGAUCACGGGACAACAACUUUCUGAACAUCCCGCAGCAGACACAGUCUUGGUUCCUCUGACAAGAUCUGUGUGCAAACCAGCAACAGGAAUUCUUUCUUUACAAUCAGAAAUAGAUGAUAAUUGUCCUCCAAUCACAACAAAGUACAGCGACGGGCCAUCACAGCGUAUCUCACCUACCCUUUAGCCAAAACCCGGCGAAUCACCGCAGGAAAAUUCAGCAGCAUUCAGAGGAACUCUGGACUCAUCGUAAUCAGUCAGAGGAAGUAGCCAUACGGAGCAAAGAACGCUCGGUGGGAAGAUGACGGCAUGGACAAGAGGAGGGCAGGAGAGCGAAGGGUAAGGUGACGAAUGCUUGUCGGAGGGAUGUCACCUGAAAACAUCAGCACAACUUGACAGCGGCGCAGGACGAGCCUGAGGACAAGUACUUGGCUACACAGCUGUCCAACCAACAUUUGAGCAGAGCCCACAAUGAAAUAUAGAUUUCCAGUGAAAGCCGCGGUCCAGGCUCCACCCAAAACCAGUCAACGUUUUCCUCCCCAGAACGAAACGUCGGCUCGAUAAAGGUCCCUUCCGCUAAAGAGCCGCCAUGCCAAAAUAUCGCUUGUAGGCUCGCACUUACAGGCUCAAUCAAUUACCAGGAAUCCUAUCGAUGUGCACUAAUUACCUACGAGGCAUGGAGAGUCAACUGCGAGUUGGCACAAGAGACCGUCACGCGUCUCCCCCAAAGUCGAGACCCACUGCUCUCGCAUCUUACACUUUGGUAACAGGAAGUCCGGUCAGACAAAAUCUGUGCCAUGAACGCAGAAUUUUGUGACAUGAAUUUUCUCGAAGGUGCGCUCGCAAAGGAAGCCCAGUGAGGCGUCACCGCCCUGUUUGGUUGGCGGUGCAGAGCAACUCUGUCAAACACCAACGUAGAUAGCAGCUACCCACCCUCCUCCCCUCUUGUAAAGUCGGCGAUUGCGUCUGGUAUCUUGUGCAUGUUCUCUUAUUUGACUUCCUUUUGGAUUUGUACUAUUUUGUAAUUGUUUUAUAUUUGAAUGACAGCACCUUAUGAGGAAAUACAGUAGGACGUUGCAAGGUGGUUAGCGAAGCCCACGGUCACGUGUGGAAGACGGAGAAGAAAACAAUUCAAACAUUUCGGGGAAACUUUGCUUCUGAAGAAGAACGAUUUGCGUUCAAAGGAUUGGCAAUGAUAACAGGCAGCUGGGGAGCUCUACGAUUGGUCGGUGAAGCCGUUUUGUUCCAAUAUUUUUACCCCAUUAGAAAAAUCGUAAAGACGCUUUCGUUUAUUCACACCCUUAUUGGUCAGUGCCAAACACACAGGGUUCAUAGAGCUUUGAGUAAUUGUUAUCCUUUUGAUUUUUUUACAACCUGGGACAUUAGACUUAGUUCCUAUCAAUAAAUUGUCCCUAUGACACGUUGGAGUGGUCACCAGCCAAUCACAGGCCACCUAUAAACAAACCAUUACAUUUUUUACGUCAGUGGAACCCGUUUAAGUUCAUCCCGUCAAUGUCCAAGUUCUGUUCCAAUCUGUUCUUAACAUUGCCCCCCAAAAAACUACCAAGAUCAACAUAGUCCACAGAAUGGGUCAUUUCCUUGAAAAAUUGGCCUGUUUAUGUUGGCAAGUGUUGUAGUUAAGCGUUUAAGUAUAGAAUAUCGCCUUGCCUCUAAAUUAUUAUAUUUUCUUUUAUUUAGUUAAGCCUUUUGCAAAAAGUAUACAUGGUGUGCUAUGAGGAGCUAUCAGCUACUCAACAGCUAAGCACACAAUAGCACACAAGCUAGACAUGCGUAAUAAGCGCUUUUAAUUUAACUAUAUUGCAGUCGAAAGCAUGACUUUUGGCAAUACAAACAAGUAUCAAAUCAUUAAUAUUGUAUAUUACUUACAGAUAUUAAUUCACCAAGGGAAAAAAAAAGUAUAGUAGAAAUUAUCCAGUAACAAACAUGUCUGAGACUCUCAAUUUACCUAAAUUGAAUUAAUUAUUUUGACCCCCUGGUGUCGCCAAAAUAAAAUUAACACUACACUUUAAAAUGAUAAAUUUUGUGUUUUUAUACCCACUAUUGUUUUCUGUUUGACUAAUUUCACUUGAACAAGCUACUAACAUUCCACACUACAAAAUAAUAAAAGCAUCUACUAUGAUUCGUGCUGAUAUCAUAUCAGAUUAAUAUCGGUAUCGGCCAGUAGCAAGUAAAUGAUAUUGUAUCGGAAGUGUAAAAGUUGUAUCGAGACACCCCAGUGGUAGUAUUGAUGUCAUCAUCAUUGCUACGGUCUUUAUUAAAACUUCUGACUUCCUGCUCGGUGCAAAGUCAGCUUCAGAAUAAAAGUAUGUCAGUUUCUAUACCAGAGCAUGUAUGCCUUUUUAUAAAAAGUUAUUUGCAAACGUUUGUUUCCUAGCAAAAUUGAGGGUCGUUCCAUUCAUUAAAACUUACUAGAAUUUUAAAAUUCAGCAGUUCUUAACACAAACCCCCCAUAAUUUGCUCUGUAGCUAGCGCCACCAGUUUCACCGAUCGUCACAAAAUUUGGUGGAACUCAUCAUGUUAGAACUCAUGUUUCAAAACAAACAGGGAAUCGGCCAUUUUGGUUUGGAACGGCCAUUGUGGGAGCAAAACCAAAUUUAGAUCACGGACACUAGACAGAUACUGUUGAACUUCUGACUCCCUGUUCAGUGCAAAGUAUGCUUCAAAAUAAAAGCAUGACCGUGUCAACAUGGUUUCUAUACCAGAGCAACUGGCAAAAUACCUGUUUUAUAAAAAUAAUUUAGAAUUGUGUAUGUACAAAAGACAUGAUCAGCUAGUUUCUGUCAUGCCUACAACCUCUAAUGUCGACAAAAGUAUGCCAACUUAAUCGGGUUCCACUGCAUUGCCCUUGGUUAACUGUCUUUCGAACACAAACUAGUAGAGUGUAACUCAAUAGCCAAGAAGUGUAGUCCAUUCUUACCUUAAUUUCUACAAAGCAAUAUUAGAAAACAUUUGAGCAGUUGAUCAACUAGGCCCGUCCCUUUUUCCAACGCAGUAUCAGAAGUUGUCAUCAGUCACACUUUGAACGUGUUCGAAUCCUUCCAUUUCGACCCCCAAAAAGCUGUAUGAACCCUGCAAACGUAAGGGCGGCAACUGCAAACUCGAAGGUUUAGACAAUCAAACGAAGGAGUAUUUCCCGGGAAGCGCUUGAGUCGAGAACAAUCAACCAUGUGGAGCAUGGCUGAGUGUGUGGUCAGCGAAACGGAAAAGAAGGGAAAAGGUUGCUGAAUACGGGAAAGUUGUUCUUUUUCUGUCUCCAUUUAAAAAAAAAAAAAAAAAAAAAAAAAAGUUUACCUGUUGUUUACACUCCCAGACGGACCGCUGCUCCAAGAGCGGAGGGAACCACGCUGCGGAGCAAAAUAAAUAUGUGACAUAUCGGUCUGUUUUCAGUCGCCCGUUUUUUAUAGCUUAAAGAAAAAUGGUAUGUCGGUAAAUGACGGUAAUUUUUUAUUGGUUUUAUCGAUGAGCCCUUAUUGAUUGAAAAUGCACUAAAACAAUCACGCCAGCCAACCUUUUUUUUUAAAUUUCUUUCAUCUGUGUUGACGCCAUACCUGUCAACGCUCCCUUAUUCCCCAGGAAACGCCCGUAUUUUCUUCCUACAUUUUUCCCCGUGUUUAAACUCCAAACAAUAGGACUUUGUAGGACUCAUAAAAUCAGUUCUUUCAAUUUGAUGUUCCUUGUAAUAUUCCUUUUUUUUUUUCUUUUUUUUGGGGGGGGGAUUAAAUGACUUUUCUAUUAAUAAAAACAUCUUAAUACUGCAACUUUUCUAAAGAUAUAUUAGGGGUGCCAAAAAAAAUCGAUUUUCGUAUGAAUUGCAAUUCUUAUUUGUACAGAUUCUUAAUCGAUUAAAAAAAAAUUAAAUUAUUUUUUUUUACCUUUCCCGUCUAGCCACUUAUACAAAUCAUAUAGUUGGUGUAGAUGAUCAUAUCUGCUGUACACAUUUACUUUAGAAAAGAGAAGUGUGGGAUACUUCUCUUGUUGCCUUAUUUGUAUUUGACUAUACUAAAUGUUUGGGUAGAAUUUUAUUAAAUCUAGUUUUCUUUUAAGUCAUUUUGACAUUCAUCAGAGCUGAUUUUGUAUUUUAUGGAGAAAUUAAGUUAGUUGUCUAAGUGGCACCCAAUAUUAUUGCAAAACUAUUGAUUUUGAAUGGGGAAUCUAUUCUGAAUCGAAUAAUUCACCCCCAACAAUCGAAUCAAAUCCUGUGGUGCCCAAAGAUUCACAGCCCUAAUAUAUAUAUAUAUGUAUUUAUAUAUA